GAAACACUCCCCAGUCCUUAAAAGCUAUCCCCCCACCUUCAAACCAGAAGUUGGUGGUUCCAUGCACACCACUAGCUAUCACCACAUCUUGUGGCAGUGAAUACCGUAGGCUAAAGGCAAUCAGAUUUCCUCCCUCCCACAUAUCUCCUUUCCCAUAAUACCAGGACUGAGCACCUUUAUGCAAGCCUGCCUUACACAGGUGUAGAGCAAUAACUGACCUGUGUGUUGGGUGCUGCUUGAAAUAAGCUGUAGUAGUAGUGUGUCUCUGACUUGACAAGAGCCAGAGACAUUGAGAUCAGCCUUAUUGCAAUGUAGCUGCACUUCCAGAGCCUUUCAUAGUUGUCUUCGUUUUCCACACUGGUCCACAUGAUAUGUGUAGGCAACACUUGAAAGCUCCAUGAAGUGUCCUUGAAGAGUAACUGACUAAUUUGCUGAAGUAUGUCUACCUACUUUCCACCUCAGUUAUGUAAAAAUUCUUGUUGGAUUAACAAACCAGGAAAAAGAGUAAUGUUGGUGGCAGUGAUAAACGGAAAGUAAGUAUGUACAGGUUGUGGCUGCACAAACAAAAUAAGUAUUAUCUGCUUUAAUGUGACAUGUUUACCCUGCUGUGCUUGUGCUGUGGUUAUGUGGUUUGGAGGAGCACUCUGAAGGAGCGGUUUUAGCUAAUGUUCCUGUUGUGCGAUAUAUGUGCAAGGAGUGCCUGAGAAGAGGGCAUUUUGCUUUGCUAAGGUGGCAUGUUGAAAUUCUUAAGGUAUAUGUGCACCGUUAGCCUCCAUCUGCCUCUUGCUGUUCUUUUCAUUUUCAUUUGUUCCUCUACUGCUCUUCGUGAGCUUCCCAUCUAUAUGUGCAUCUGCUAUUUAGAACUGUUUAUUUGAGUCAGGUCACUGCACUCUUACACAGACAUACCUUUGCUGGAGGGGGGUGAGAAGGAGGGGGGAAUCUCCACCUUUAUGGGAUUUGGAAGUAGCUAGGGCUAUACAGCCACCUAGUGGCGCAGUGUGGAAAUGACUUGACUAGCAAGCCAGAGGUUGCCAUUUCGAAUCCCCGCUGGUAUGUUUCCCAGACUGUGUUUCUCAGACUAUGGGAAACACCUCUAUUGGGAAGCAGCGACAUAGGAAGAUGCUGAAAGGCAUCAUCUCAUACUGCAUGGGAGAUGGCAAUAGUAAACCCCUCCUGUAUCCUACCAAAGACAACCUCAAGGUUCUGUGGUUGCCAGAAGUCGACACCGACUUGACUGCACACUUUACCCAAAGUGGUACUUAUUUAUUCUAACAGGAAAUGCCCUUCCUACACCAACCUCUUACCAAAACUCUGCCAGCUGCUCUGUAAGGGUCCACCUCUCCCGCUCAACAGCUCCUAGUUGGACUUCCAAUGCUGCUCUUCCAUGCAUUAUUGAUUCCUGACACCCAAAUCGAUGGCACACUUUAUCUUUAGGGCUAUACAAUGUCAGAAAAGCCCAUAAACACAGUAACAACAACAAAAGAAAAGAGAAAUGGAGGGAGGUGACUACUGGUGGCAGUAGAUGAAUAGGGAACAUGAGCCACUUUGGAAGGGUGGUAUAGAAAUCAAUCAAUCAAUCAAUCAAUCAAAUAAAUAAAUAAAUAAAUAAAAUUAAAUAAUCUUAUUCAUUGCUCAAGAUGAGGGACACUGCAAAAGGCAUAAAGCAAAUUCUGCAAAAGUUAGUAUUUAAUGAGGAAUUAACCUGCAUGCUUAAAACCCCCUGGAAAUUACCAUUAAUGGAUACUCAGUGCAGGAUGAGGUGUAGUCUUGUAGACAAUGUAAUCUGGUUGUAAUCAGGUACAAGCCAUGAAGAAAAUAGCUGCAACAGACACCAUGGCUCAACAACUUCUUUCCUGGUGUACCUUUUGGCCUUUGAAAAUAUUAUAUGACUGGAUUUAUUUACCUUAUUGUUUCUUAAAUACCAACCAAUAAUAGUUUAAUUAGGUCAAAGACAACAACAAAAUCCAGCAGCUGCAAGAGAGGAGAUAAAAUAAUUAGGAAGAUUCUGAAAUCUUCUAGGCACUUUGUUGCCCUACAGUAAGUCCUCAAAUAAUAAUCAGUAGCCAGGGUCUUGCUCCACUAGCCAGGACUGAAAAUGUGUGAUCUAUACAUAUUUGUAUAACUUGGGGAUAGGAGAAUGCCAAAUUAGUAUAACAAGGAAAUUUCCAUGGAGAAUGAAACCUGCUGAAGUGAAGGCUUUAAACACAUUAUAUAUUGGUGUAACAUUGCUUUAAUAUAUGUAUUCUUUGCUUUGAACUAUAUUAUAGUGUAUGCUGAAGCAAGUUUGUGAUGUCAUUGAAACUAAUCUGUUCUAGGGAAAUAGGAAGAAGAGAGUUUGGGUGGGCCUGAUAACAGAACAUGCAGGAGACAGAAGGUGUGAACUGAUUACGUUAGAGACAUUUCCUGGCACAACCUGAACGCUCAAACUGAAAUGGGAAAGAUGAAGAGAGAGGAAAUAACUUUGUGUCAGGAAGUAACUUUGGGUCAGGUCCAACAGACAAGAAGAUGGGAUGCGGGCUGUCAUGUAAACAUCUUUCUCUCUAUGAAAAUUGUUUUUGACUUGAAAUCAUAUUUAGACAAUGUGAUUUUGGACUAGUCAGAAGAGCAUACCUAUUAUUGUUUUAACUAAUUUAAGCUAUAAAAGGGGACUUGUCAAUGGCCAACAUUAUGUUAAGGGAAGACAUCUCAUCUGCAAGAUGUCCAUGCUGCUCAAGAGAAGAAAGCAUCAUGCUCUCCAGGAAGUAAGGAACCUGACUUUAAUUCAGUGCUGGCCAGUGAGACACAGUGGGUAAUAUUGCUUCAUAACAAUUAAUUGGCGACAUUAAUUGGUAAUUUAAGUUAAGGAGAGAGGGAGGGAGAGUGAUAAGUAACUAGAUAUUGUAAUUCUGGGUUAUUGUUUGUGAAUAUACAUACAUACAAACACACACACAUCCAUACAUCAAGGGGGGAAGGAAAACCCUGUGAUGUUAUACUCUUGUGUUUGAGCUCUUGAGCUGUUGUGAGCAACAGUGUCUUAUUCAGCACAUUGCUUGUGGUCUUACUUCUUCAUUUUAGGCAAAAGAUUCUGGGGAUCAUUAAAGUCACCUGGAAAGUUAUAGAAUCUCUGAGUCUGAAGUUACUGGGCAUCUUUAAGUCUCUUUUCCUUUCCCCUUGUUCUUAAACUUGAUUGUAACCAGGAGUUAAAUGAGCUGUUACCAUUUAACUAACCUCUACCAUUGAACUAAUGCCUCUAUUCUCCCUCAGGUAUGUUGCAUUAGCAGUGUGAUGUCUAUCCCCUUUUACAUCCAUACAUACUGUUCUGAGACAGUGUAUGUGAGCUGCUUUUGUGGCUUCUGUCAGAACUUGUUUUGUGAGAAAUGAUUAAGUAUAUGCUAAUAUGUUCCAGUGGAUGCUCUAUUUUUCUGGUCCUCAUUUGCCAUGUUGAUGUGUAUUUAUUAUAGAUACCUUUUGAGAGUUUAGAGCUCAAGAACACAUGAUAUACAUAAAGUUUCAUGUUCUUCAUCUUUUUAUUAAGAUUAUCUUAAUACUCAAUUUUUUAUAAAUAACUUUUGAUGGUAACGAUAGGUUAGUCCUGUUCAACAGAAUGAAUUAUUUAUAUUAGCAUAUGGUAUUCUUUUUGUGUAAUUUUUAUUUCCCUAAUGGAAAGUAUUGCUCAAAAUGCAUUUGGACCAUUAUCUGAUUCUUCUUAAUAAAUGACUGCUGUAUCUGCUGAAUUCUGUUGCUGACUUUGGUUUGUGGUCCUGCCCUCUUUGGUUUGCUCCAUUAUGCUAAAAGCAUUUCCUUCUGACAUCACACUUUACUAGAAUGCUGAAAAACAUACAAAUGUGAUAUCUUGACUGAAGGUCACAUCCUGUCUUAGCUGGCAGUAGCACAGGAUUUGCCUUAGGAGAAUUGAGAAUGAAUGGGUGCUGUUCUGUGAGUUGCUGAGUUGUGAGAUUUCCAUUUUAUUUAUUUGUCUUUGGACUAGGAUCUACUCAAGAAGCAAUCCAGUCAUUACUGAGAGCAGAAAACUCACUGAGCAAAUGUUCUGCAUGGGGAAGAAUGCUAACCCAUACUGAACAAUUGUACUGCCUCUUGGAAGAAUUCUAAACUAUGAGAUCCAAACAACACUGGUGGGGUGAAGGAUGUUGUGGAAGAAAAAGCUGUGGAGCACCCUAGUUGUGUGUCUUGGAGUCUCAUUGUGGAAUAUUUACAAGUUGGUGAAUACGGGACCUUCAACUUCCUCACACCACUUUGAAGAACAGCCCAUGAUGGAGGGGAAAUCUUGCAACUGUAACAGGUGCACUGAGCUUAGCAACUUGGACUGGUUUUGUGAACGCUUUGAUACUUCCGUAAACUGCCUACUGACUCUUGAAAAUUCAGAAAUCCCUUCAGGUGUUCUUCAGUGGUGGCUGAAGCUGCAAAGAUCAAAUGAUGGGAGCCAACUCCAAGAAAUAAUCAAAGACCUAUUUGAUAUCCUUCCAUCUCCUGCUACUGGAGUUGAGGACAUUGUCCAGUGUGGAACAUGUGCUGUAGUGGGAAAUUCAGGGAGGCUGAGGGGCUCCAAAUAUGGGGAAAAGAUAGACUCCCACAACUUUGUGUUGAGGAUGAACACAGCACAGACUGCAGGCUUUGAGGAAGAUGUUGGUGCAAGAACGACCCACCAUUUCAUGUACCCAGAGAGUGCCAUGAACCUUGGUCCUGACAUCCAUCUUGUGCUGGUCCCCUUCAAACCUCUUGAUCUCAAAUGGCUGGCCAGUGCCUUUUCCUCAGGAGAAAUCUGGCGCACAUAUCGGAGAGUCAAACCAUUCCUUAAAGCUGACAAAAGCAAGGUCCUAAUACUAAACCCUGUCUUCCUGAAAUAUAUUCAGGAUAAAUGGACCAUGCACUAUGGAAGGUAUCCAUCUACUGGAUUCAUUACACUGAUUUUUGCCAUCCAUACUUGUACGCAGGUCUCUGCAUUUGGUUUUGGUGCAGACCACAAUGGGAACUGGCAUCACUACUGGGAAGAGAACCGAGCUGCUGGAGCAUUCCGCAGGACUGGAGUGCAUGAUGCCAUCAUUGAACUACAACUCAUUGAAAGGCUAGCAGCUGCUGGGAAAGUGAGUUUUUAUAAAUAGCUUGCUCUGGUAACUCAUUAUGUCAGACCUUUAUAUUGCGUUCACAGAAUAAUAGCAUUUUAGAGUUGGAAAGGAACUUGCGAGGUUUUCUGGUUCAAUCCUAUUCAGUCUAGCAGUCUGCCAUGUCAUAACUUUGGCCUGAUCUUGCUUCAUUCUGUUCAAAAGUGUCGACCAUUUGAAAUCUGGAAAUUUCAGUUUUGUAAUGUAAUGCAGCAAGGUGCUUCCCUGCCGCCCCCAAGCUCUGUGGAUGUGUCACAUGAUAAUUCAUUGACUUUUUCUAGCUUCAAAGAAGCAGAGAAGACAAAGCUGUAAAAGGGUUCUUGACAGGUCGUUUCCACACUAGCCCUAUGCAGACAUUAGCUGUGUGUUCAGCUGUCUGUACACAUAUACAUGCUUUUGUGUGAAUGUAGCUGUAAGUGGCACCGCGGGGAAAUGCUUGACUAGCAAGCAGAAGGAUGCUGGUUUGAAGCCCCACUGGUAUGUUUCCCAGACUAUGGGAAACACCUCUAUCGGGCAGCAGCAAUAUAGGAGGAUGCUUAAAGGCAUCUCAUACUGCGUGGGAGGAGGCAAUGGGAAACCCCUCCUGUAUUUUACCAAAAGAAAAUGACAGGGCUCUAUGGGUGCCAGGAGUUGAAAUCGACUUGACGGCACACUUUACCUUUAGCUGUAUUCAUUUUUAAAGUUAACCUCUAUUCAGAGAGGAAGUGUGCUACUGUAUGUGUGUUGAACCUAGGAUAUUAAAACAGCAUAUAGUUCUGUACAGUAUAUGCAGAGAUUGUACACUCAAUACGUAUAAAUAAAGUUAUUGACUGCCAUUGCAUCAUAGUAUGUCCUAUCUGCUUGGGCAGCAAAAACACUAUUGAAACUUUUCAGGGGAAUUAUUCCUUUAAUUUAAAAGCUUCUUGUUUGGCAUCCUUUUAUUAAAAUAAAAACCUCCAAUUUUA